AUGGCUGCACUCGCUUCAAAGCAGCAGUCGCUGAAGAUCUUCGAGAAGCUGAAGACGAAGCCUGCGAACAAGAUUUGCUUCGAUUGCGGCGCCAAGUACCCGACCUGGACCUCUGUUCCCUUCGGCAUCUACCUCUGCCUCGACUGCUCGUCUAACCACCGAAACCUCGGUGUACAUAUCUCAUUCGUCCGAUCCACCAACCUCGAUCAAUGGCAAUGGGACCAGUUACGCCUCAUGAAGGUCGGCGGAAACGAGUCGGCCACCAAGUUCUUCCAGCAAAACGGAGGCACCGCCGCUCUCAACAGCAAGGACCCCAAGACGAAGUACCAAUCCAGCGCUGCCACCAAGUACAAGGAUGAGCUUAAGAGACGAGCCGCGAGAGAUGCUCAAGAAUACCCCAAUGAAGUUGUGAUCACCGACGCCACCGAAGCCGACGCCUCCACCCCAUCCGGCGAACCUGACGACGAUUUCUUCUCUUCCUGGGACAAGCCUGCCAUCAAGAAGCCCACGCCUCCCAUCUCCCGUACUGCGACUCCCCCGACUGUCGGCCGAACCCCCUCACCCUUCCUCAACGCAAACAACGGUGCCAAGGACAUUGCUCGCUCCUCCUCUCCGCUGUCCAAGACCGACGGUGACAACAAGCCCGCCGCCAGCCGUGUGACUACAUCUGCUGCUCUCCGCAAGACAACCGCCGGCGGACCUCGCAAGGCCAACAUCUUGGGCGCCAAGAAGGCCCCCAAGUUAGGCGUCAAGAAGGUCAAUGCCGACGUUAUCGACUUCGACGAGGCCGAGAAGAAGGCAAAGGAAGAGGCCGAGCGCAUCGAGAAGCUGGGCUACGAUCCUGAGGCUGAAGAAGAGAAGAAGGCCGCCUCCAAGGUCGACAGCAUCUCUGCCCCCACCCCCACUAGCCCGAAGGGCGGCUACGGCUCUUCUAGCCAUACCCGUCAGAAGUCCAAUGCCGAAGUGGAGCGAUUGGGCAUGGGUGUCACCAGACUUGGUUUUGGUCAGGUCGGUGGGCCCAAGGGUGCAGCUGCGCCUAAGAAGGCUGCCGCUGGCGGAUUCGGCUCCGUUGGACCCAUCAAGGCCGCUUCUGAGGAUAACGAUGAGACGUACGCGCGCAACAAGUUCGGUGCCCAGAAGGGUAUCUCUUCAGACGAAUUCUUCGGCAAGGGAUCGUUUGACCCCAACGCCCAGGCCGAGGCCAAGACGCGUCUGCAAGGGUUCGAGGGCGCUACUUCGAUCUCCUCGAACGCCUACUUUGGCCGACCCGAGGAUGAGCCUGCCGAAGAGUACGGCGAUCUGGAGGGUGCAGCCAAGGACUUCAUUCGCAGAUUCGGCAUCACGGCCGGCGACGACCUCGAGAACCUCACCCAGUUGGCAGGCGAGGCCAGCCAGAAGCUCCAGGGUGCCAUCCGUGCGUACCUCGGCAGCUGA